AUGUCUAACGACAGUAAACCCUCCACAGCUCUGCUUCAGAUACAGCCCCCUCAGCCCCAGGACAGUAAACCCUCCACAGCUCUUCUUCAGAUUCAGCCCCCUCAGCCCCAGGACAGUAAACCCUCCACAGCUCUGCUUCAGAUCCAGCCCCCUCAGCCCCAGGACAGUAAACCCUCCACAGCUCUUCAGAUUCAGCCCCCUCAGCCCCAGGACAGUAAACCCUCCACAGCUCUGCUUCAGAUCCAGCCCCCUCAGCCCCAGGACAGUAAACCCUCCACAGCUCUUCUUCAGAUUCAGCCCCCUCAGCCCCAGGACAGUAAACCCUCCACAGCUCUUCUUCAGAUUCAGCCCCCUCAGCCCCAGGACAGUAAACCCUCCACAGCUCUUCUUCAGAUCCAGCCCCCUCAGCCCCAGGACAGUAAACCCUCCACAGCUCUUCUUCAGAUUCAGCCCCCUCAGCCCCAGGACAGUAAACCCUCCACAGCUCUGCUUCAGAUCCAGCCCCCUCAGCCCCAGGACAGUAAACCCUCCACAGCUCUUCUUCAGAUUCAGCCCCCUCAGCCCCAGGACAGUAAACCCUCCACAGCUCUUCUUCAGAUUCAGCCCCCUCAGCCCCAGGACAGUAAACCCUCCACAGCUCUUCUUCAGAUUCAGCCCCCUCAGCCCCAGGACAGUAAACCCUCCACAGCUCUUCUUCAGAUUCAGCCCCCUCAGCCCCAGGACAGUAAACCCUCCACAGCUCUUCUUCAGAUUCAGCCCCCUCAGCCCCAGGACAGUAAACCCUCCACAGCUCUGCUUCAGAUCCAGCCCCCUCAGCCCCAGGACAGUAAACCCUCCACAGCUCUUCUUCAGAUCCAGCCCCCUCAGCCCCAGGACAGUAAACCCUCCACAGCUCUUCUUCAGAUUCAGCCCCCUCAGCCCCAGGACAGUAAACCCUCCACAGCUCUUCUUCAGAUUCAGCCCCCUCAGCCCCAGGACAGUAAACCCUCCACAGCUCUUCUUCAGAUUCAGCCCCCUCAGCCCCAGGACAGUAAACCCUCCACAGCUCUUCUUCAGAUCCAGCCCCCUCAGCCCCAGGACAGUAAACCCUCCACAGCUCUGCUUCAGAUACAGCCCCCUCAGCCCCAGGACAGUAAACCCUCCACAGCUCUUCUUCAGAUUCAGCCCCCUCAGCCCCAGGACAGUAAACCCUCCACAGCUCUUCUUCAGAUUCAGCCCCCUCAGCCCCAGGACAGUAAACCCUCCACAGCUCUUCUUCAGAUUCAGCCCCCUCAGCCCCAGGACAGUAAACACUCCACAGCUCUGCUGCAGAUACAGCCCCAGGACAGUAAACCCUCCCUUCUCACUCCCUCCCCCUUCUCCUGUCAGAAUGACCAUCGGGUUCUUGUUCACCUCCCUGACCAAGGCCCCUCUCCCCCGAUUGCUCAGUUUGGUUUCCACGGCCGAGCAGCCGCACACAAGCCUAAGAUCACCAUACGCAACGCCAAGCGUCGACUGGUUUGA